AAUGGAUUAAAAUGAAGGCUGUAAUCUGAAUUAUCAUCAAUCUCACGUUUGUCUCGUAAGGCAGCAGUUAUAUAUAUAUAUAUAUAUAUGAGGCAUUGUUAAAAUUCAGCGAUUAGUGCACUCAAGACAGAUCUUGAGUCUAUGAAUGAAAAUUAUACAUGCACAGACUCAUUUGCUGCUGUUUUUUUUUUUAAGAAUAAAGUGCAAAACUCGUUUUAAGUGAAUGUUUGUGUGAAUAAAUUCUUAUGAAUAAAGUGUAAUGUUGCAUGUCACUUUAAACCCGCACAUCCUGCUGAUAUUAUGAGUUAUGGGAAACAAUUAUUAAUUUAGGUGUGUUGUCACAAGUUCUUAGGUAAAACGGUUUCUUAAUUUCACUAAAUGUUGCAAUCUCGUGAGGAUAUGCUGCGUAACCGUUUCAUCGGAAAAAAAAACGGAUUCAAAUAAAGACGGUAAUCUGAAUUAUCAUCAGUCUAACGUUUGUCUCGUGAGGUAGAAGUUAUUCUAGUAUAAUGCGAGUUUUUCUCUGUCUGCUGGGUCUCGUCCUGUGCCACAAGACAUUUGGGAUGAACGUUCAGGUAUAAUUGAACCUUUUUAUUUAUUUUUUUUGCCGAAAAUCAAACAUUUAUUAUAGGAACCUAAUUUAUGUAUUCGUGUACAUUUGUGCUGUUGCAUUGCCUGAAACAUUAUAAUUUAGCCUACUAAUUGUUUUCUCAGAUAGCCUAGUUUUUUUUCUCUCUCUCUAGUAUACUAAUUUAGUGGUAGUAAAUCGGUAUCAAUUAAUAUCUUGAUUAAAAAAAAUGCUUGAAAUAAUGUUUCAGUUAGGCUAUUUAUAGUCUGCGUGUCUAACUCUUUCCUGCAGUUGCAUGUAGGCGUUGUAAACACAGCGUGCGUGUUUUGAUGAAUGACCUAGGAUGAUAAGAGUAUGUGUAGGCUCAUAAUAUCUCAUCCUCGAAAUAUCGGUAAUGAAUCUGUUACAGCUAGGAAUAUCUAUGCCGAGUCCCUUUGCCAGCCCCGUAAAACUUUAGUUGAGGUUGAGCACGAGUUCCCCGAGGCGGCGGUCAGACGUGUUAUCCCCUCGUGUGUGGUCCUUCAGCGCUGUGGAGGCUGCUGCUCUGAUGAGGCGAUGACGUGUGUCAGUGUCAGCACACACAUCAAAGUCAUGCAGUUGAAACAGGUUACCAGGAAUGUGCGUGGAGAUAGUGCAGAGAUGAUCGAGCUGCCGUUUGUUGAACACAGCCAGUGUGAGUGCAGGCUCAGAAGCGAACUGUGAAGCUUUUUGAAACCGCUCAUCCAUGCCGCAGAAAUUGCUAUCUGAUUAUUUAAAAGUUAUUUCAAUUAUUUCCUAUUAUUAAUAUAUUUAAUAUAAUAAUAACGUUACUUUUAUAUUUAAGAUUGUGUAAAACAUUGUUUUUAUCUAAAAAAUAUAUUUUUGCUGUUUACUUAAGUACAAUAACUUUUUUCUCUUUUAGUUACUUUUAAAAACUGAUUUCAUUCUGUUCUUAUGCACAUUAUACAUACAAGACGAAGUAGGAAUAAACAAGCAUUCCCUACAUUGUUUAAAGUCAAAGUAAGCAAUUACAUCAUUAUUUAUGAAGAGAUUAUAAAAUGAAACAAAAAUAACGCUAACCGAGAAGAAAAGAAGGAAAUGCUACAGGUGAAAACAUGUUCAGAAAGAAUGUCAAACAUUUUCUGCUGCCUGUUUUGAUUGCCUUUUUGUUAAUAAACGAUUUUAAUUCAGUCAUAUGUUUGACAAAUGAUU